AGAACGACAGCUGAAACCCAGAUGCAAGUGGCUCCUACAUCGACCAUCCCAAUGGCAACUGCAAAGGACUUGUCCCUCCCUCCACCCUCAGCCCUGGAGGACCUGCCAGCACUGCCACCCAAGGAAUCUUUCUCCAAGUUUCACCAGCAGCGGCAAGCUAGUGAGCUCCGCCGCCUCUACAGGCACAUCCACCCGGAGCUCCGAAAGAACCUGGCUGAGGCUGUGGCUGAGGACCUGGCUGAGGUCCUGGGCUCUGAGGAGCCCACAGAGGGUGACGUCCAGUGCAUGCGCUGGAUCUUUGAGAACUGGCGGCUGGACACCAUUGGUGAUCGUCAGCAGCCAGCUGCCAAAGAGCCCGUGACAGGUGGCGAUGUACAGGCCACGUCCCGCAAGUUCGAGGAAGGCUCUUUUGCUAACAGCGUAGGCCCCCAACUGGCAGGAACCCAGCCAGCUGGAGGCGAUGUGCGUGCUGCCCGCUGGUUGUUUGAGACAAAGCCGCUGGAUGAGCUGACAGGCCGCACAGAGGUAACUGAGGCCCCGGCAAGGGAGCCUGCAGCCAGUGGAGAUGUGCAAGGGACCAGGAUGCUCUUUGAGACGCGGCCACUGGACCGCCUGGGCUCCCGCCCCUCCAUGCAGGAGCAGAGCCUGCUGGAACUGCGCUCAGAGAUCCAGGAGCUGAGAGGCGAUGUGAAAAAGACAGUGAAGCUGUUCCAGACCGAACCUCUGUGCGCCAUCCAGGAUCCGGAGGGCGCCAUCCACGAGGUCAAGGCUGCCUGCAGGGAAGAGAUCCAAAGCAACGCAGUGAGAUGUGGGCGCUGGCUCUUUGAGACCCGCCCUCUGGAUGCAUUCAACCAGGACCCCAGUCAGGUGCGGGUGAUCCGCGGGAUCUCCUUGGAGGAGGGGUCCCUGCCCGAUGUCAGCGCCACACGUUGGAUCUUUGAGACACAGCCCCUGGACGCCAUUCGGGAGAUCGUGGUAGAUGAGAAGGACUUCCAGCCAUCUCCAGAUCUUGUCCCUCCUGGACCAGACGUUCAACAGCAGCGGCAUCUGUUUGAGACCCGAGCUCUGAGCACUUUGAAAGGAGAGGAGGAGGAGGCCACAGCUAAGACCCUGCCCAAGGAGGAGGUGGUCCCUGGCAAUGUGCAGUCUACUCUGUGGCUGUUUGAGACCAAACCCCUGGACACUCUCAGAGACCAAAUCCAAGUGGGUCACUUGCAGCGGGUGGGCCACCAGGAAAGUGAAGGGCUCACGUCUGACAGCUCAUUAGCACUGCCCACUUCUCAGGGUGCUCCCCAGAGGGAUGGGGUGAAGGGGGACGUGAAAACCUUCAAGAAUCUUUUCGAGACCCUUCCCCUGGAUAGUAUCGGGCAGGGCGAGGCUUCAGCCUGUGGGAGUGUGAGCACAGCAGGUAUCACUGAUUGUGCUGGGCAGUCCCAGGCGGCAGGACCCCCAGUGUACGCCAUGCAGGACAGCAAGGGCCAGCUCCACGCCCUGACCUCCGUCAGUAGAGAGCAGGUCGUGGGAGGUGAUGUGCAGGGCUACAGAUGGAUGUUUGAGACUCAGCCCCUAGACCAGCUGGGUCGAAGCCCUAGCACCAUCGAUGUGGUGCAGGGCAUCACUCGGCAGGAAGUGGUGGCUGGAGAUGUUGGUACGACUCGAUGGCUCUUUGAGACCCAGCCCCUGGAGAUGAUCCACCAGCGGGAGCAGCAGGAACGACAGGAGGAGGAGGGAAAGCGUCAAGAAGGCCUCCAGCCUGAGGCACCCGCCAAGGGCGACGUGCAAACCAUCCGGUGGUUGUUUGAGACAUGUCCAAUGAGUGAGCUGGCAGAAAAGCAAAGCUCAGAGGUCACGGAUGCCACAGUCAAGGCCCAGGCACGGUCCUGCACCUGGAUGUUCAAGCCCCAGCCUCUGGACCCAGCAGAGGACUCCAGGGAGAAGCACUUGCAGGUCAGCCAGGUGCAGGCGAGGGAAAGACAGACUGAUGGACAUGUCUUUGAGGUUGAGCCUCUGCAGGACAUGGCCCAUCCCUGUGGAAGAGGACCACCUGUGCGAUACAGCAGCCGGGUGGAGAUCCCUUCAGGGCAGGUGUCUCGGCAGAAGGAAGUUUUCCAGGCCCUGGAGGCUGGCAAGAGAGAAGAGGAGGGUCAGGGCUCCAGGAUAACCCCUGGGCCCACCCCCAGCGGUUCUGUGCGCAAGUUCACCUGGCUCUUUGAGAACUGCCCCAUGGGCUCUCUGGCAGCUGAAAGCAUCCGAGGAGGUGACCUACAGGAAGAGCAGCCCAGGAAGCUCUCUAGCAAUGAAGCACCAGAAAAGCAGAAGACUGCUACUGAGGGGACACUUCAGACUCUGCAUGCCACACCUGGGAUCCUGCAUCACGGAGGCAUACUCAUGGAGGUCCAAGGGCCAGGGGAGCUCUGCCUUGCCAAGUACGUGCUCCCAGGGCCAGCGCAGGGGCGUCCCUAUGUACAGAAGGAGGAGCUGGUGUUUGGCGAGCUUCCCAGGAUUGUCCGCCAAGUGCUGCGCCGGCCGGAUGUGGACCCGCAGGGCCUGCUGGUUCAGGAGGACCCAACUGGCCACCUCUGGCUCCACCCACUGAAGCUGCCAGCUCCGAGCAACAAUGGGAGUAUUGAAGACUUGGAUCCUGAGCUCCAGCAGCUGCUGGCUUGUAGCCUCGGGGCUUCCGUGUCAAGGACUGGGCUGGUGAUGCAGGAGACAGAACAAGGUCUAGUCGCCCUGACUGCCUACUCCCUACAGCCCCGGCUAACCAGUAGGGUCCCAGAAAGGGGCAGUGUGCAGCUGGUGGCCAGCUGCAUAGACAAAGGAGACCUGAGUGGCCUGCACAGUCUGCACUGGGAACCACCAGCUGACCCAAGUCCAGGACCAGCCACUGAGGGGACCCAGAGGUUUCUCCCCACUGAGAGCACCAUCCAUGUUUCCCCACUAGAUCCAAGCUUGGGGGUGGGGAAUCUGAGAGGCCCUGGGGCUACCUCCUGCCCACCUCAGGCCCCUGCAAAGGCAGUUCCUCUGGCUGGGCAGGGUGCAGCCUCAGCCCCAUGGCAGAACACAAAAAAGCAAGGAGCAGCAGCCUUGGGAAAGUCAGAAGGGGCCAUGGCUACCCCUACAGACUCCAGGGCUCCAGACCUCCAGGAAGCCUUGCAGAAUCUGCAGACGGCAACCACUGAAGCCCAAAGCCUGCACCAGCACAUUCUGAGCAAGCACAAGCAGAGUUCUGCCUCUGUAGCCACAGCCGUGUCCGUCCAGGAUGCUCUGCAAGCACCAGCCCCUGUCACAGCAGCUACCCAGAGCAACAGCAGGCCUGUGGCUGGAGGUGAUUCCAGGAUCCCAGCAGGCCCCCGAAAGCUGCUGUGACAGGACCUGACCUCCCAGUCCAAGGCCACCAUGAUGAAGACUCCACCCAGCAGGCCUCCAAGCCCCAACAGGAAUCCAUUCUUCAUACCCUUCACAGCAACCCUGCUGGCCAGAGAAAGACCCCAAAACAAGAGCCCACUACGCCUCCAAGGAAGAAGCCUCCAGUGCCUCCCAAACCUGCACAUCUAAGCCAGCUCCCCCCUCCUCAGAGGCCACCCAAACCCUUAGCAGCUCUGUCGCCCAGCUUCUCCUCAGAGGUGGGACAAGAAGAACACAAGCCAGGUGAGACAGCAGCUUGGCCAGCCAAGGCUCCUACUGUUGGGGGCCAGGGCUGCAUGCCUCUGGCUGGAUGGGCCAGUGGCCAGAACCACCCCAGACCCCAGCAUAACCUCAGCACAGCUGCCCCCGAGCCCACCAAGGUUCAAACUGCUGGCAACAGUGCCCAGAGCCCUGAGUCCACCAAGUUCAGCACUCUCAAGAGCAACUCCGCCUCACCACAGUGGGGCCCCAGCCCACUAGGAGAAAAGCCCAUCGGAUGUUCCAAGCAGGGAGUUCCAAAGAGCCCCCAGAUUCUUCAGGGAAGCCAGCAAGAGCUCCAGGACCUUCUGAGCCAGGUGGAAGCCCUGGAGAACGAGGCUGCACGCAGUAUGGAUGUGCAGGCCCUGCAGAGGUUCUCUGAGGCUGUGCCCCAGGUAGAAGGGGUUAUCCCUCCAUCUCCUGCUACCCCCCAUAAAUCCAAGGCCUCAAUGGAGCAGGCUUUUGGGGAGCUGACACGGGUCAGUACAGAGGUUGCCCAGCUGAAGGAACAGACCCUAGCCAGGCUCUUAGACAUUGAAGAGGCUGUGCACAAAGCCCUCAGCUCCAUGUCUAGCCUCCAGCCCGAGGCCAAUACCAGGAGCCAUUCCCAGGAACCCCAGAAGGAUCACAGUGCCCACAAGGUCACUAUCUCGGCCUGCAGUAGAGCCAGACCCACUUGCUUAGGCCAGGAGGUCAAAGAGCCAAUGGCUGUUAAGAGCCAAGCCAAAAUAGGGUGCCAUACUGAAGACCACAGUGAAGCCAAGAUCAGAAAUCACACAGAGGUCAGAGGUCAGGCAGUCUCAACUCUCCUUCCCACUCAGAAGCAGAAGACAUCAAGGGAAUACCCAGGUGUCCCUCAAGUCCUGCUUUCCAACAGAGAAUCACCUUCCUCCCCAACUUUCAUCUCUAUCCAGUCAGGCACAAGGAAACUUUCAGAAGCUUCCAGCACUAAGGACAGCCCUGAGGUCUCAGGGGACGGCACACACCUAGCUCAGAAUGUGAGCCAGGCCCUGCUUCACCAGGAAAGUGUUCAGAAGAAAGCUAGGGAAGAGGAGGUGGCCACCAAAGGCCCCGAGCAGCCUGAGCCUGCACCUGUCUCAGCCAAGUCUCUGCCCACACAGUGGCAAAAGAACUCCCUGGAGCUGCAGACCAGACGAGGUGGCUCCCUCCAGUGCUGUGGAGCUGUGAGAACUGUGACUGAGCAGUACGAGGAGGUGGACCAGUUCGGAAACACAGUGCUCCGAUCCUGCACCACAGUCACAGAGCAGGCAGAGCCACCCAAGGGCCUAGGCCCUGACCUCGGGCUCCACACCUCCCCUCUGCUAAGGCCUUUCCUCCAUAGGCCUGCUGGGCUCAGCAGUGACCUUGCAGAAGCGGAGCUGGCAUGGAUGCCCUGCAGCCACUCCUAGCCAGCUGCCCCAUGAGUCUCUCAUGGGGAUGCCUGUCUGAGGACCCCAGGACCCACUAAGAGGGACCCUCCCUGCAUAUGCAAGGCAAGGACCAAGAACAAAGGGUAUCUUCCGAGGACUGCUGAGGGCACUUCCUGCCCAGUUCUUGCAAAAAGGGCAAGAAAGACCAAGAAGCAGCCUUCUGAGGAGUGCUGGCCCGGUGCAGAGAUUAUUCCCGACUGCUUAUAGAAGAUAUAACAUGUACAGAUGCACGUGCUGCUCACACAAGCCUGGUAUACACCUGUACAUACCCACAGAGUGGCUUCCCUCCAGCCUCUGUCUGGAUUUCUUAUAUAGCAGAGCCUGUCAAUCAUCUUCUCCUUCAGCCCUCCACCAGCCACAGCACCGGUCUGCUCAGUGUUAGUCUGUUCAGGAUCAGUCCAUAUCCCACUACAUUGCACCAAAAUGGUGUCACUGAAUAAACACAAGUUUGAUCUCUA